AUGACAACCUUCCCGUCGCCUCUAGAGCAAUGGACGAAGUUGUUCCAGGAGGCCGAGAGGCUACUCAGCGAGGUCGUGGAGAGGAUCGCCCAGAGGGAGUCUGUUCCAGCGUCGCUGCCGGUAGAGCUGCGGCAACGGACCGCGGAGAUCAGGAGGAAGGUGUCCAUCGUCCAGACCAAGAUGGGCCUGAUGCAGGAGGAGCUGUCCAAACUCUCAAGCAAGCAAAAUAUAAGCUUGAAGGAGAUGCGCAAGCUGGCGGAGAAGUUCUCUGCCCUCGAGCUUAGGGUGAACAAGGUGGCUGCACCGUUCAGCAUGAAGAACUCCUCCAACAGGAACGACCUGCUUGGACCGAGCGAUAGCAGGGGCGCUACGGUGGUCGACGUAAGCAGCUUGGCGAACAUGGAGGACCGUGAGAUCAUCGAGUUGCAGAGGGACGUCAUGAAACAGCAAGAUGAGAGUUUGGACAGGCUGGAAGAGACCAUCGUCAGCACCAAGCACAUCGCACUGGCGAUCAACGAGGAGCUUGACCUACACACCAGGCUAAUUGACGAUUUGGACGAGGGGGUCGAGGACACGAGCUACCAGCUUAAUCGCGCGCAGAGGAAACUCAAGUCUCUGAAUACCCGGAUGAUUAAAGGAGGCUCAUGCACGUGCGUCCUCUUGUCGCUCAUCGCCGUUGUGAUCUGCGUCGUCAUGAUCUGGGCUCUUAUCGUGUUCUAG